AUGUAUCUGGUGCCGACGGGGCAAUGGGCGCUUACGAUCUUUCUUCUGGUGGGGUGCAUCAGUGCCGCGGACACGAUAGAGGCAUUGAGUGCUACGCCCUCUACGCAAUGGUAUGGGGAUGAUGGUACUUGGUCCGCGAUAUCGAUUCGAGUUGGAACUCCACCGCAAUGGGUCGAUGUUAUGGUCAAUACUGUCAGUUCGGAGACUUGGGUUGUCGGGCCUGCGGGAUGUUCAGAUAAUAAUUCCAUAUGCAUACAAGCCAGGGGAGGGACUUAUAACCUCAGCACAUCUUCUACGUAUAGGGACCAAGGGCUCUUCAACUUGGGGGUUGAUACUCGACUUGGUGGCCAGGGCUAUGCGGACUAUGGCUUCGAUCAAUUGACAUUUGGUUCCACCGGGGUAACUCUUAACUCAACAAUCAUUGGGUCGAUAAACGCCACAGAAUACUUUCUUGGGGAGUUUGGCCUAGGAGUUGUGCCAGGAAACUUCAACAAUGUCUCAUCGCUUGCGGCCAUUAGUGGUCUAGUAGAGACGAACGGAGCUAUUCCAAGUCACAGUUAUGGCUACACAGCUGGUGCAACAUAUCAACAGAAAGGCGUGCCGGCUUCCUUGACUCUUGGAGGCUAUGAUGCCAAUCGAUUAAUUGCUCACAAUACUUCCUUUAAUCUAAAUCCGAGCAAAAACCCGGCAGCAUAUAUUAACUACAUGUCGGUAUAUUCAACCGGAACCUCAAACAAUUGGACUACCCCCGUCCAAUUGAUUUCCACGACGGACCGUGUUACUGCCAUAAUCGACAGCUCCACUCCUUACCUUUGGCUACCUCAAUCGGUUUGUGACGAAUUUGCCCAGACACUGGGUUUGACUUACAACAACACUUUGGAUUUGUAUGGGUUCGAUGGAAAUGCUUCACAGCACGAUGUCCUCAAAAAUUCUCAACUAGAGUUCACAGUCACUCUAUCAGACACCGGUUCGUCAACGGAACUUGUCAAUAUAACACUGCCAUAUGCGGCCUUCGACUUGCAGCUGACCUUCCCGGCUAUUCCCAAUACGACUUACGGUUCUUCCAACUCUGAAAAGUAUUACUUCCCCAUCAAGAGGGCAAGCAAUCAAGCCCAGUACACCAUUGGUCGAUCCUUCCUACAAGAAGCGUAUUUAAUCACGGACUAUGAACGAAACACCUACUCUAUCCACCAAGCCGUUCACACAUUAGAUCCUCUCGGGAAUACUAGCAUAAUCAACAUUUCUCAAUCAAAGGACAGUAAUUUCAGUCCUCUCCCCUCGAACAAAUCCAAGGCCAAAAUCUCAACUGGGGCCAUAGUUGGUAUUGUCGUUGGUGUGGGUGCAAUUCUAGCACUGGCAUCGUCCGGGUUUUAUUUCUGGCGUCGUCGGAAUGUAACAAAGACCACGGAUGAUGAAAAGCCCGUCGAAAUUACAGCUUCACGUGGUUUCCUAGGACGUUUCCGUCGACAGCCAGAAGAGCUUCAAGCAAACGAAGCUUUUGGCAGCACCACAUAUGCCGCUGAAGUAAGCGCUGACGCCUCACAUGAGCGAUUUGAGCUUCCCGCACCUCUGGGCCCAGCAGAACUAGACAGUGAAGCAGGAACAUUGAGCGGGACCACUGAUAAUGAGUCGUCAACAACAGAUUCAUACAAUAUGUCCGCGUACGAGCAGGCAAGAAGAAAGUUAGAACGCCAACAAGCAGCAGCCGAUCUAGCUCAGUCUAGACGAGAACCAUACCCGACAGAAAAGAUCGAAAACGACGGUCAUUCCGGAAUGCAGUUCCUGUCACCACCGGGCUCCCAAAGUAAUUCUGGGACUCGCCCCGUUUCUCCUGUAACUGGCGGUUCCUACAGUUCCCGCCGUUCCCAAACAAGCGGACAGCCAUCUCCAUCUCCAUCUCCCACCUCUCCAAUAUUCGUAUCCGGACCAACCAGUCCGACCAGUCCAACAAGCCCUAUGAGUCCUCCGCCCACAUACCGCAAAAUCGGUCCUAGUAACGGAAUAUUCGCAGGACUCCUACCAGACAACGUACAAUUACCAGAUGUAGUUCCGCGAAUGAUAGACCGCGCUGGGGAAAACUACGCCCAAGAGCAAACACUCCUCACAGACCCCGACUCCACGGGCGGAACAAGCACGCUAGGAAGCCAGUACACGGCCAAUCAAACCACCUCCGACAUAUACGACGACGAGCCCAGUCCGCGCAGCGUAACCGCAUACAGCACUUCCCAUUACAACGUCAGCACCCCCUCUGCAUCCGGCCCAGCUUCGGACGGCGGGCAAAGCGGCGUGAGUGGCCUGAGCACAUCGAGCAGCCAACAACCGCUCAAUGGUUCCGGGCGCGUGAUGGCGAGAGAGGAGGACGAGUCAAAGUUCCUGCGCGAGGACAUGCUUGCGCUGCGUGCUGAUAUGCAGACGAGGGAGGUCGUGGAUCCGUAUAAAAGGAAGCAGCAUAUUGGAACUCCAGGUGAGGAUCUUGUGCAUGUGCCUGUGCUGGCGGAGAGUCGGUUUAGUUGGGAGCAGGAUCGGUUGGGGGAGGAGGGGGGAACUAGGUAG